UGCCUGGAGGUGAAGCUGGUUUCUCGCUUCCUUGGAGAGGUGACCGUGGGAAUACAAAGCGCAUUUGAAGUGAUGUAACCUGUAGCCUUGACCAUGAACUCUACAGGGGGGGGCGCAGAGGGCACUUUGCGUCGUGACGGAGAUGUGCAAUACAAGACGGCUCACUGAUACGUACCGUACUUCUCCUCGAGUGAGACAUCUUACAGGCUAGCGACGAGUGCCACAGGUAAUGUAGCCAGCUACGCGUACUACGGCACCGGUAGCUCUCGAAAUAUUCACACUCAGGUUUUCUUGCGAAGCAUAUCUUUUUGAAGAUACCCUCUUUUUUAUUAAUAUUAAAACUUCGGGAACCGAGCAACGCAUAGAUCGGUGGCAGGUUUGUCAAUGCAUUGAACAGGAAACAUGUCAAAGGUAACCUUCUUUUCCAGCCAAGAGCUCCAGAAAGUGGCGCUGAAUGCAGCCAUGAAGGAUGGCAAGAAGCGCGAAGGGAUCCCCACUCCAGACGGCGACCCAACGGUAGCGUAUACGUACAAAGACAAAGUGUUCAUAGUCAACGACGUGAGUGGCGAACAAGUGAAAUCGUAUCGGUUGCCCAAUGGGCUCGAGGAAGUUGAGAUCUCGGCCGAAGUACGAGCCCAGCAUGAGCAAGGCGUCGCGGAGCUCAAACGUAACCACGAUGCUUGGACAUCAUAUACUGCGGUUGUCGUGGACACAUCGGGGAGUAUGAGAAAGGGUGAUUUUCACGGCGCCCAGUCAAGAUUGAAGGCUGUCUGGGAGUCGUUUGCAAAUGAUUACAUUUACAGGAGGAUCCAAGAAGGAAACUGCGGAAUGCACGACAUGGUUUCAAUUGUGUCAUUCAGCGACGGGGUGGUAGAGGUGCUGCGAGAUGAACCAACCACCUGGAUCCUGUACAAUAGACUCUGCCAAAUUCGAAAUUCUGGGUGUCCAGCUCCCCGUGGUCAUGGUCACUUUAUUCCUGGCCUUAAGCGGGCCGAAGAGUUACUCCAAGCACCUUCGUCCAACUUGGCCUGUGCCUUGAACUUGAUAUUCCUGUCUGAUGGGCGUCCGUCGGACCACAUAGAGCUUCGGACGUCAACAAGUGAUUGCUUUGACUGCAUUGAAAACUACGUGGAGAAGCUUGCAAGCAAGUACGGACGCAGAUUGAACUUCUCGUCGAUUGGAAUUGGGAAAGAAGGAAGCCAGUUUGAGAUGUUGAGAAGGAUGGCAGACGCAGCCAGCGAUUUCGGUGCACAUUCCAGGUUCCGCCUCCCUGCCAUGUCGUGUGCUUCGCUUGGGUCUACCUUGACAGAAAGUGCGACCGCCCUGGCAAAAACGCAGAUCGAAAUGCUAGAUGAAGAAGGAACGAAGCAAAGGAAAAUGAAGCCGAUCCAGCGAGAGUCAAGGAAACGAGCUCAGGAGUUUCCCAAGACAGUAUCUGAAAGCGACUUCGCCAUCUACUCCACCGAGAAUGUAUCGCGGGAGAUAUUUUUCCAAACCGAAGUUCAGAUCAAAAGGCGUCGUCGUCGAUGGGAAGGCAAGUUUGGUACCGUGAAGCUCCAACAUGCCAAGGCUAAGUAUGUUGCCAUGAAGAAAAAGGCCCUCGGUCAAGGUGGUGAAAGGUUUGCGUUUCAGUUUUAUGAAUUGGCCCAGGAUAGACGGACUAUUGUGGGGCAAAGAUACGUGGCAAAAGAAAGCUGCUUCAUCCUGAACAACGCAGAAGAUGAGAGUAGCCGUCGGACGUUCGUGCACAAGUUUUGCAUGACGCAGCAGUUCACGAGCAGAAUUGCGAAGGAGUUCAACACAGAGCUUGAUUCACUUGGCGACUUCUGUCGAAGUAUCCCAAGGGUCAAGGUGCUCGAGUGUUCUGUCUAUCACUUGGCUGACCCUGAGCAAGGACGCAUCAGUGUGCUUGUUGAGCCUAGGCUGGAUCACAUGAAGUGGACCAAAUGGAACUCCAACACAGGUUAUAUUGUCCGAGAAAAGAAAGAUUCGUUCCACGAUAAUCCAAUCGUUGACAUUCAAUCACUGCUUUCUAAUGGCCUGACUACCAUUCAGGAAGACGAAAACAGUGUGUCAAGCGAUGAGUGUCAGGGAAUCAAAGACAACGAGCUGACACUCUUGGGGCCAAGAGAACGAGAGCAUCUUUCGAAUUCCGAGAAUUCCCACGCAAGUCUUCGAUUCACUCCAUCACAAGUUGCUCAAGCGUUUUCACAUUUCAGCUACGUUGCCACGGGCGAGAAGAUGCUGAUUUGCGAUGUUCAAGGAGUGCAUGAUGAAUCCUCCAACCAGCUCUUGAUAUCUGAUCCUGCGAUCCAUCAAUACUACCACGGUCGAUCGCAACAGCGGAAGAACCUGUACGGUCGCUCGGACUUGGGAGAAAAGGGAAUGCUUAAGUUUGAACGUAGGCAUCAAUGCACGGAUCUCUGUAGGCUUGUCACAAGUCGAUUGCGUAGACCAAAGUACCUCUUCUGCUCUCGAAAGCGAAGUGCUAUGGCUUCCGGUGGAGAAGUGCACAGGAAGAAACCCCGGCAUUCUUAGAAGUGGACUGAACUUGGGAGGUAGGCUGUGUUGCUGAAGACUGCUCCAGGACUAGCUAGAUCAGGAUAAAAGAUAUGGACGGAAGUACGGUGUGGUAGAUCCUGGAUUCCAAAUAGUGUGGGUGGCCAGAGGAGAAGCACCAAUUCAUUGUUGCCGAACCUUCCAAACAAUCACUGAGGUUUGGGCCCUGGACCUGAAGAGGCCUACCGGUACAAGUACCGGUACGCAUCAAUAGCUGCCACUGGUUCAGUACUUCCUACUACUUCCAACUAUUCAAGUUAUACUACCAAAGACUCUUUCGUGCUAGGUACUGGUACCGGUACGGUAGUAAUCAAU